AUGAUUAGCUCACAAAACCAACGCCGCUCAAGUGCAGGAUGGGAUCCAAAGCAAUCCGAACGUCGUCGCUCCUCUAUCAAAGCGCUCGCUAAGCCUUCGGUGCAACAAAGACCAUCAAAGCCAGAAGGUCCACCAAUCACAGCUGACCAAAUCAAGAUGAUCAUUUCUGACGUCGACGGUACACUCUUCGAUGAUGACCACGCCGUCCACCCAAGAGUUAUCGACAGCUUCAAGUGGUUGAGACAAAACAAGCCAGAAAUUCCAAUCUUGCCUGUUACAGGUAAACAGUUAGUUUCUAUUGAUGAUAUGCGUGUCGCAUGUGACAUCACUGAUCUUCCAUCUGCUUGUUGUCACGGUGCCAUCGUGUACAACGCCGACGGUACCGUUCAAUCACAACAAAAGAUCGCAAAGGAAACUGUUUUAUCUGUUGUAGACAUGAUGAUUAAGCAUAACAAGACUUGUAUGCUUUACGAACACGAUAAGGUCCACUGUGUUUCUUUGGAAGAGAGACCAGACAAGGACUUCUUCGAAAUUUCAAAAGGUUUCGACCCAGCGAUUGUUGACGCAAGAGGUACUGACUUCUUGGAAAAGGUUGAUAAGGAGGAAGCAAUUAUCGUUAAAAUUUUCUGUCCUAUGGAGGAAACCGUCAUUGAAGACUUUAUGGUUCUCCUUGACCACGAACCACGUUUCCCAGCUGGUUCAUUCAAGAUGACCCGUGCUCUUCCUUACAUUAUUGAGUUAUGCCCACCAGGUGUAGACAAGUCUGUUGCAUUGGCUCAUUUCUCGGGUGUCUACGGUAUCCCACCAGAAAACAUUAUCACUUUCGGUGAUGGUGAAAACGAUGUCGGAAUGUUCAAGGCAGCUGGUAUGUCUGUUUCUAUGGGUAAUGCUAUGAAAGCACCAAGGGAAGCAUCUACCCAUAGAACACUCACCAACAACGAAGGGUAG